CUGGGAUUGGCUCCUUCGGGCCUCAGCCAUUGGAGGGGGCGCGUGUGAGGAUGGGGAGCAUGCGCAGCAGCGUCGGUGUUGAGGCCUAGUCGUAGUUGAGUUACCCCGAAGCUUAGAAAAGUCCCCGCCAGUUCGUUUUAGAUGCCUCCCUCGAAUUUAUUACGCUUCACUGCCUCUUUGAUCCACCGGAGAACUUUCCCUUGGACAUCGAAGCUUGGAGACAAACAUCUCUUAAUGCGCCAGUGCCUUGGACCAAGCUGCCAUCAGACUCGAUCCCUCGAGACCAACCGCUCAAAAGCCAGGGAGAUCCUUCAGGAGAAAGUGGACAUCUUCUACAAGGGCCAGUCCAGCAUGGUGCUCCAGGAGAAACAGGAGUCGCAGAAGAAAAAGGAAGAGAAGAAACGACAAGCCAAAAAAAACCUGGAAAGGAAGCGGCACUUGAAAGAAAUGCAUGCCCUGGAGGACAAAUAGGAACAUAAAGACAGUUUCGGCUGACAUUUUUUAAAAAUGGGACCUACUCUAAUCAAUGCAUUUUUUUAAAACUCUGCAGUUCAGCAGAAAACAAUACAGUCCAAUCAGUGCUUGAAUUAUUAGCAUGAUGGCAUCAUCCCCCCCCCUCUCCAUUUCACUGAGGGCAGGAGAGAUCCUUGCAGGUGGCAAGGAACCAACUCCGUUUCCCAGGGCCUAGAUCACAGCAUUUUUGGGGGAGGGAGGGGGUCACGUAAUUUAUUUCUUCUCUGCAUAUUUGCCAGAACUUUUACAAGAACAAAGUACAGCUUCUUUGCUGUCAUUUGGUAGCGUGCAAAAAUUGCUGUAGCAUUUCGGUCGCCACGCUGUUAAACCCAGUUGUCCCAAGGUGACGCGUUCCAUCGGCAUCAAAGCCACGAAGAAAAAGUUGUUAAAUCAGGAAAAAGAUGGAUCCCUUUCCUGGAGUCCAUCAACGCUUCUGAAUGUGUGUGUGCUUUCAUUUCCUUAAUCUUUUCUUGUCCUUGUAAUAAUUUUAAUUACUUGUCCAGCUCACUCCCCACUCCCCCAUGGCUCUCUGGUAUUUAACCACAGGAAUUAUUGAAAAUAAGCUUUAUUACGUCAAGUAAUAAAUACAUACAAAGAGGCAAAGUUGCAGUUUAAAUCCGGG